CCGGCGCCGGAGAGGGCUCUCUUCGUCUGUAGCUCGCUCUAGUUUCGCUUCCCUCCCGUCGGUGUGCCUUUCUUCCUCGGUGUAGUUGUCCCCCGUGACAGAUCUGAGCUUUUGAUGGUGGUUCCGGACUUUGUGGUGGCGCGUGAAGCGAAGAGGAGCUGUUGUGUGGCCGUUGGGGUCGCGUUGGUUCGGUUGCUUGAGGACGGCGCCGAUCUGGUUGUGAUUUCCGGCGGAUCUAGGUUGGCUCCUUUUCGUGUGUUGGUCACUUUCCGGUGGUUGGUUGGCUUUGAAGAGUUUGGGGCUUGGGCUAUUCUGCGGUUUAGCUUCUGUGGUCGGAUCCGGUGGUUUGGUUGCUGGAUCUUUCACCUCUCCCCUUCAGCUGUGACGGUUGCUUCGCCGGUGUGUAAGUUUUGGUUUCGUUUGGCGGGUGUGGCUUGGGAUUGUUCUUAUUUCAGGUCUUGGAUUUGCUUUGGGCGCAGCGGUGAGCUAGCUCCACCUCCGACUGUGGAGAUGGAUCUCCCUCUUCCUUAAGAUGAAACGGCGGCUCCGAUUAAGUUUUAGCUCUAUGUAGUCUUAAAGAAAACAAUGAGGAUUUU